AUGACAGACCUGAACGGAAUCCGAGUUCGGAAGAACUGGGGCGGAGGGUUUAGCUCCCGGCGUAUCCGCUGCCUGCGGCACCAGCUGUUCAUAUUAUAUCAGGGACGUGCCCCUUCCCCUUUUCCUGGAUUAACAAGGUCAUACUUUUGUCUAACACAUUUGAAAUUUUUACUUUUAACAGAAAUUAGCAGAGUACGGAAAGACAUGUACAAUGACACAUUAAAUGGCAGUACGGAGAAAAGGAGUGCAGAAUUGCCUGAUGCUGUGGGACCUAUUGUUCAGUUACAAGAGAAACUUUAUGUGCCUGUAAAAGAAUACCCAGAUUUUAAUUUUGUUGGGAGAAUCCUUGGACCUAGAGGACUUACAGCUAAACAACUUGAAGCAGAAACAGGAUGUAAAAUAAUGGUCCGAGGCAAAGGCUCAAUGAGGGAUAAAAAGAAGGAGGAACAAAACAGAGGCAAGCCUAAUUGGGAGCAUCUAAAUGAAGAUUUACAUGUACUAAUCACUGUGGAAGAUGCUCAGAACAGAGCAGAAAUCAAGCUGAAGAGAGCAGUUGAAGAAGUGAAAAAGUUACUGGUACCUGCAGCCGAAGGCGAAGACAGCCUGAAGAAGAUGCAGCUGAUGGAGCUUGCGAUUCUGAACGGCACCUACAGAGACGCCAACAUUAAAUCACCAACUGCCCAGGCUGCUCCAAGGAUCAUCACUGGGCCUGCGCCUGUCCUCCCACCAGCUGCUCUGCGUACACCUACGCCAGCUGGCCCUACCAUAAUGCCUUUGAUCAGACAAAUACAGACCGCUGUCAUGCCAAACGGAACUCCUCACCCAACUGCUGCAAUAGUCCCUCCAGGGCCUGAAGCUGGGUUAAUCUACACACCCUAUGAAUACCCCUACACGUUGGCACCAGCUACAUCAAUCCUUGAGUACCCCAUUGAACCCAGUGGUGUGUUAGGUGCGGUGGCUACUAAAGUUCGAAGGCACGAUAUGCGUGUCCAUCCUUACCAAAGGAUUGUGACCGCAGACCGAGCCGCCACCGGCAACUAACCUAUGACCUUCUGACCUCUGAACUCUUCACCCAAUGAUGACCUGACCAUGCCUGCCUGCUGAUCAGUUAACUGGUAAUCGCCUUUGCUUGCCUGUCGUCAGUGCAGCGAGCUGAGGCACUUGUCCGUUCGUCUUACCAUCUAACCAAACAAAAGACAAAGAAAUUGUCCUCCAACUCAACUUUUCCCCCCUGUUUGGGUGAAAGUGGUUCUAGAACCUGCACUGAAUUGUAGUAAAGCAAUAAGGCCCGAUUCAUCCCACAGCACUGAUCAUCUUUCAAUGCCCACCCCAAGCGAACGGUAAGAAGGCCUCUCUUAAGAAGGGGAGACAGAUGGCCCUAACUACUCAAUGACAGAGGCAGUUACUGUGAGAGACUUGUAGGACUCUUUUCUUCUCAUAGCAAAGUCAAAGCUCUCUCUGAAUGUACUGUGUGACAAUGCAUCAUGCAUGAACCUUCGGUCAGGGAUGUCAUUGGUGAAGUGACUUCUAAAGUAUUCAAAAUUUGACAUGCUGUUUGUUUAGUCACUACAGUGCCCUCAAAGGGCAGAAAUUGCAGCCUUUUUAUAUUGCCUGCCAAAAUUUGAAGUAUUAGAACAAAGUGUGCCAUGAGAGAAAAACUUAACAAGGAGUUUUGAAAAGUAAUGCAAGGAACAAAACUGCAACACUAUUUUUAAAAAGUUGAGUAUCUUAGUUAAUUUCCAAAUCUUUAUUUUACACCACCUUAAAACUUAUUCGAGAACAAGGUACAUGCAUUAUGUGUCACAUUACUGGGCAAACUGUUCAAAUAUUUUUUUUAAACCUCCCUGUAUAGAAAAUAUCAUUAAGGAUGUAAAAGCCAUGCUUGCCUAUUUGCUGUAUACAUGUAAUGAAAUUGUAGAUAACGUGUAGUGCAUUGAAACAAAUGAACAAAAAGUAGAUACUUUUACUAUACAAGGGUGCUGGUGCAGAAAAAAUAUAUAUAUUUUUGGAAAUGUAGCAUUUUAUACUUUCAAGUGUUAUAAAAAAAAAAGAAAAAGAACAAAGAAACCCUUUAUUUCAUUAAAUGAUUUUUUCUGGUGGUUGUCAAGAAACAAAAGACCAAAAGAGCCUUUUUGUCUUUGUUUUUUAUUUUUUAAGUAUUGGAAUAAGUCUAAAGAAAAAGAAAGUGCCUUAUUUUCCUUCAUGGUCAUUUAGUCAAGUGUCCUGCAAGAGCAGCUCCUCCCUCAGAGUAAAAGUUAGUGCAUGUCCUCCAUCGCCCAGUAUGUGAAAGGAGAUACGAGGGGAAACAGAUGAGUUGAUGGUCUAAAUUAUAUGAUUUGUGUCACGUUAUCUUGAUGCCAGUUUGCCAAAUCUGAUACUGUGAAAAAAAGUAAUAGCUUUUCUAAUGUCCGACUAGUAAAUUUUAAAAUGUCAUUCUCUUACAAAUCAUAAUUGAGUUCUUUUGGUUAUUACCGUCUUCAGUGUUAGCCCAGAGGAUUCUGAGGUUAGAAAAAAUUAUGUGAGAUCUGAAUUUUAGUUUGCAGAUGACAUUAGAGCUUUAUUUUAUUCAGAGAAGAGGGAUAUAUUGAAUUUUUUCUUUAAUAAUUGGAGAUAAUUGUAAUGCCUAACAAAGUUUUUCACAAAAAUAAAUCAUCAAAAUCCUUUAUUGUGGAAAAAGUGUUAAGUAACCCAAAUUUAAUCAGACUUUAUGUCAUACCAGAUACCUUGUGUAGUCCAUCUCUGCUGGCUUUAGUAACUGCUCCUAAGCACACCUUUUUGUCCUCUUUUGACUUUAAAGGAAUGUGGGAAUCUAGCAUCACAGUGCAUAUAAACACUUGGCUACAUUCCUUUCAUCUUCAGUUUCUCACAAAGUUACGACAGUUCUGUAGUUGAAGCAGUUUGCGUGCAAAGCCUGCAUCUAAAUACUUGAGUUCAUAAAUUUAGUUGCUCAGUACCAGAGGUGGCAAAUCCCUGUGACAGUGGACUCCUGGCUCAUCAACUCAUGCCCUCUUCCAUACCUUCAUGGCUUCACAGUCAAGGUCAGCAGGAAGCUCAUUGGGCACCUUCAUGGUGACCUCGCCAUUAUUCUGUCUCUCUUGGAACCAUUUUCAGUUUAUUUACUAUGCAAUAGACAGUCGUUGUUUGUACUCAGCUAGCUUUGGUUUAAUGUACCACGGCUUUGUCUUUCUGUUACACACGUGGUGUUUUGAUUUAUUUACAAUAUAUGCUGUGCCAUUUUGAUUUUUAUUUUGUUUGGUUUGUUGAAUAAAUUUGCGACACUCAGAACACUUGAGGUGAUAGUUUAAAAAAAAAACAAAACAGUACCAGUAUUUGAUCCAGUCUCAUCUCAGCUGUGUUAUACCUGGACAUUUUAGAUGUUUAUCAAAGGUCUUUUAUGGGGAAGAAAGUAAAUCUGUAAACAGUAGACGUGUGAAGUUUAUGAGUAAUGCUGGCUCUGAACAAACUUCUGAAAACUUAGUUGACAGUGUUUUGUGUCAACUGAAAAAAGCAUGACUUUUGAAAUCUCUGAAUGCCUUGGUUCUCAGUAUUAUCACUCUAUUGAAUUUUUUUCUUAUUAAAGUAUGUAGUUUUUAAGACUUUUUUCCUGACAGUAUUAUGUAAUUUUUUAGCGUGGGUAGAUGGGAGUGUCGCUGGUAUGUUACCAUACAGCUGACAUGUAUUUUUUGUCUAUUCUUUAUUAUCUUAGUAGUUUCAUGCUAUGUAUGUACCAUAACCAACCUAUUGCCUAUGAGAAACAUGUAAGAUAAUGUAUUUACAGCCAUUGUUACAAGUUUAUAAUGUAUUUUUCUAUCUUGUUUUAUAUGUAUGUUAUAUAACAUUCAGAAGAAUUUUUUUCUUGAUUGAGAAAAGGAUACAAAAUGCAAAAUCCACAAUUUUGAUAACUGAAAAUUGCCAAUUGUUUUGCAGUACUUUAUUAUAUUGGGUGUCUUGUCUUUCUUGGGCUUUUAGUUAGCUGAUGAAUGAAUACAUUAGACACUUCUGGGUUUUAGUUGGGAUUUUACAUAGCUUGCAUUUUAAUUCUUUGGUUCUUUGCUGUUUCUAUUAACCCAUAGCAUUAUUUUAAUAAAUGUUAUAAUACCAACCUA